AGUCUGGUUUUGUAUUUCCAUGCGCACGGAUCGCAGGCGCGUCGCUCGUCUAAACAUAACCGUUCCAAAGUCUCUUUCGAAUUUGAAAAAGGAACACUCCCGCUUUUUUCUUUUUUUAAUAAAUCUUGCCGUUGUAUAUUUACCUGCCCAUUGUUUUUUCGAGUCUCUUCAGUGACAUAAACUUUUACGAGAGUUUUAAAAAGUUUAUUUUACUCAAUUUUUGGUUUUCGAUUUUAUAAUUGGUUUUGUGGUUAAAAUGUUAUGUUAUUGUUUUGUGCUUCUUGUUUAAUUUUUUUUUGUUUAUUAAUAUUCUGUUAAUAAAGAUAUGCAAAUAUAAUUUUGAUGUUUCGUUGUGCUUUUGUGGAGUGAACAACUUUUAAAGUGGUUUAAUUGUAAAUAGAAUAUUUAAAGUGUUAUUUUGAUAUAAUUCCGAGCAAUAUGAAGCUUUUUUGGAAAGUUUUCUGUUCUUUUAUUCUGUUUGUCCAAGCUGUCACGGGUAACUGGUGGAACUUGGCGGCGCCAAGAGUACCGAGCCAAGCGGGUAACACGUCACUCGAGACCUUCACGACGCUUCAGAAAGAGAGCUGUCACAGGCUGGAGUAUCUCGUCGAACGGCAAAAGCAGCUGUGUUUGCUGUCUGAUAGAGUGCUCCAGGUAUUACAGACUGGAGCCAGUCAAGCUGUGGAGGAAUGUCAGCAUCAAUUUCGACACAGCCGAUGGAAUUGCAGCACUGUUGCUAAUUCCACCGACAUCUUUGGUGGAGUCCUUAAAUUUAAAUCUCGAGAAUCUGCUUUCGUGCAUGCGUUGUCGUCAGCGGCGUUAGCGCAUGCGGUGGCGCGUGCUUGCAGCCGCGGCGAGCUGAACGAAUGCUCAUGUGAUGCCAGAGUCAGGAAACGGACGCCUAGGCAUUGGCAAUGGGGUGGUUGUUCUGAGGACAUAAGAUAUGGUGAAAUAUUUAGCCGGGACUUUGUGGAUGCUAAAGAAGAUAAGAACACGGACGAGGGACUGAUGAAUCUCCACAACAAUGAAGCUGGACGAAGGGCGGUGCGUAGUCGUAUGCAGCGCGUGUGCAAGUGCCACGGCAUGUCGGGCUCGUGCUCGGUGCGGGUGUGCUGGCGCCGCUUGCCGCAACUCCGUCUGGUCGGCGACGCACUCACCACUAGAUAUGAGGGCGCUUCACAUGUUAAGGUAGUUGACCGUAAACGAGGCAAAAAUAUAAGAAAGCUGCGGCCAAUACAUGCUGACAUGAAAAAACCAAAUAAAACUGAUUUGGUAUAUUUGGAAGAAUCUCCUGAUUACUGUGAACCCAAUGACGAAUUGGGCAUUCUUGGUACUCGAGGUAGAACAUGCAACAGAACAUCAGCGGGUCUCGACGGUUGCCGCCUACUUUGUUGUGGUCGUGGAUACCAGACUCGAGUUCGAGAUCACGAGGAGAAAUGCCGUUGCCGGUUCGUUUGGUGCUGUCGAGUACAUUGCGAGAUUUGUCGAUAUAAGCGAGACCAUCAUGUGUGCAAUUAGGAAUAAAGAAACGAUGUAUAACAAUAUUAUCUAUGUAUAAGCUGCCGUGUAAUUGUAUAAUGUAACAAUUGUGUGGGAAAACUUGAGUCUCAAAAUAAUAAAACUACGUCUCUUGACCAUAAAGCAACACGGGCCGAUGACGUACCGGACUCUUGACUCAUAAACCAAAUAACAAUGUUAUCUAAAUAUAAAUUUUCAAUUACUUUGAUAUCUCUCAAUUUUAAACUAUCCUGAUAUCAUUUAUAAUUCUUGCUUUGCACAAAUAUGUCAGUUUCAAUAAUAAAACACUUGAGAACUUGAGGCUAAAUUUUUGUUUGUUUGUACAGACAUAUUUAUGUACAGUCAUUUGCUCGGAAUAUUGUUUUUAAUAUUAAGUGGUAAUUUGUAAAAGCCAUAUGGUUAUAAAGCAAAUAAAGGUUCAAAUCGCGGACAUACAAUUCAAUCACACAAAAUAUACCGAAGCUGCAAAAAAUUUGAAGAGUAGGUUUUAACAAUAUAUUGCUGUUGCGCUAAGCUAGACGAACGACCGAGCUAGACAACUGGAAUAGACAAUAACUGCUGUUCAGACUGAUUAUAACUAUGAAAAAUAAAGGAAUUCAUCAUCUCGUAUUUCCAUGUUACCUCCUCCAAAACUGAACCGAUUCAAUUUAUAUCUAUGCAUAUGGCUGUCUUUCAUGUUAUUCUUUUAUUAUGUUCGUUAAAUUUGUUUGCUGGAUGUCUAAUACUGGCGGUAUAACUGGUCAGUCUUAUUAAGUUUAGAAGGUUCAUCGUUUUUAAAAUAAUUAAUUUAUGGAGAAAAACAAAACCAAGAAACAUGACAGAGGUAGAUAUAGAUUGUGUAGUAAGGAAAUAUUAUUUGCUCUAGUGUCAUUAUUCAGGAAGAAAACAGAGGCAUAAGUUCAGAUUUAACUUUACCUGGAAAUCCUAUUAAUUAAUAACAUGAUUUAUCAACGAUAACAUAAAACUUAACACAGCGGCAUAAGAUUCAAAAUAUUUCUAUUUCUAUUCUAUUCUAUAUCUAUACUAUUUGUUCUACUAUGACUUUUGCAAACGGCCGUACCUUUGUGGCUUUAAUUGUUAGUACAGUAAUUUUUCCUGUUAUAUAUAUUUUUUUGUAUAAAAUGCUAAAUUGACCUAGAUAAUAACAGCCAAUAUGUAGAAAUAUUCGAGGUAAUAAUAAUUUUAUGAAUAUAGACAAUAGGAUUGCGAAGUAAACAAUAAUACUUAUAUCAACGAAUCGAUGCAAAUAAUUUUUUUAAAAUUUGUGAUGAAAAUGUGCUUUCUUUUAUAUAAUACAUAUUAUUGCUUUGGAAAAGUUAAUAAUUAUGAAUAUGUGACAUAUAAUGGAUAAUGAUUGCCUCAAUAAUAAAACAAUAAUCUAAUAUUUGGCUUAGCAUUCAUCGACACUUAACGCAGCGAAUGGACUGAUUAUUUUUAAAUUAUAGGAAUUGAUUACUUUAUGUUUCUUCUGAUCAUCAGCUUUAAAAAUUAUUUACAGUAUUAUAAUAACUUAUUUUACGUUUUACCGUGUACAGAGCUGUAAAUAGUAAGUAUGUAGUUCUGUUAAUAUUAGAUUUAAGUAAGAUUAAUUUUAAUAAAACAUUUCUAGAUUUCCAUUAUACGAGAUCGGCUAUGACAGCUAAGAUAUGGUUGUUUAAGCAGCUGUAAAUAGAUUUGAAUUUUGGUUUGUACUUAAUAGUAUUUAUUUUUUGUUCUACCUCAGAAGCAAUAAUGUUUCUCUUUUUAGUAUGAUCGUUUAAAAACACUUUUUUAUUUCUAUAUUUUCUUUUAUUCGUAUCUUAUUAAAAUAUUGUGUAAAUAUGUUUAUCAUAGUAACUUAUUGUAUUAGAUUGUGAUAGAUUUCUACCUUAUAGCAAUAUUGUAUCUAUUGCGGAUGUAGUUCGUGAAUAAAAUUUCCCAAAUCCUUAGUGCUUAAUGUCCGUAUCUUUAUUUGUAAAUACUUUUUAUGAUUCUUAUAAGUAAGUAUGAUUCUUAAAGUUAAUGUCUAGGCCUAUAUUAUCUUGCCAAAAUGUCUCAUUCAUGAAAAUUCCAAAAACAUAAUAAUAAUUGGAAAUCAAUUGAUUGUAACAGAAUGUAAGAAAUUUUACAUAAUGUAAUUUCGACUACAAGCAUCUUUAAAUAAUUAUCAAUUCGGAUUUCUUACUCUCUUAUAUCAAUGCAAAUAUAUUUGUAUCGUUAUUAGGGUUAAGGAAAAGACUUUUAGGUUUAUCGUCUUAAAUAUGAAAUAGUUACUAUUCGAUGUACAUUGAAUAAAAUAAAUGUGUUAGAAAGC